ACGCGAACCAUGACGUAAGCUGCUUGCCGCGCAGCGAUGAUGGCGGUGCGUGAACGCGCAGUAAAAGCAAUGGCUGCUGUGGAUCGGCGGGUACCUAGCCUCGAUGAAUUCGUGGGUCAGAGCUGGACUGCCUGGGCGGACUGGGCCGGAGUGACGGCGGCAGACGGAGCUGAAGGGGAGGACUGCAGCAGAAAUGGGAAGAAGGCAGCAGAGGCCAUGUCGCUCAGUAAGGAGGACAUGUCUAUCUUCGGCCUUUACCCCGGCCACGACGACUUCUACUUGGUGGUGUGCAGCCAUUGUGGCCAAGUGGUGAAGCCUCAGGCCUUUGAGAAGCACUGCGAGCGGAGACACGCUCCUCUGGCCAAGCUCUACGGAAAGCUCCGCUCUCCCACGCCGGCCCCCCAGCUCCAGAGACCCUACCACGCCCACUCCCCGUCACACGGGAUCAACGCCCCUUCUGCUUCGUCGUGGGAGGGGCGGGGGCCGAACGUCGUGCCGCCCAGGGCCGCCCCGCCCUCACCUUCCACCCCGCCCCAGUACAGAUACUCCAAGAACUCCAAGGAUGGAGUCCGAGGUCUUGAUGUUUUAGCGUAUUUCCCAGGUUUCUUGGUCGACCCGCUGAUCUCUGUUUCCUCAGAGAGGGAGUGUGACCUGGACAAACACUGCGGCGUCCUGGACCCUGACAGGAAGAAGGUCUGCACUCGCCUCCUCACCUGCAACAUCCACUCCAUCCACCAGCGCAGGAAGGUGCUGGGCCGCAGCAAGAACUUCGACCUGCUGGUUGCAGAACUUAAGAUGAGGGUGAGGGAGAAGGCCCUGGAUGGAGGCUUCUCUACCGGAGGGUCCCCCAGUCCGGAGGCCCCGAGGGAGCAGGCCGGCGUUCCUCACUGCAGGAGACCCCUGGCCAGCCUUCCUGCUUUCAGGUGUGACAUCAUUGCGCCUGCAGUGUGCUCGUUCGGCAGCCGUUCUCUGGGUCACGGCAUUUACACGUUCGACAGGAGGCUCCACCACGCCAGGUGGGCUCUCAGCAGCAUGCUGGAGCAGCACAUCAGCGCCCACCUCUGGAAAAAAAUACCUCAAGCCACAGAGCUGCUGUCACCGACUUCCUUGGCCAAGUCCAUCAGCUCUUCCUCUCCUGUCUCCAUAGCAACCUCCUCCACCUUCCAUUCUAAGGUCCGUGCAGGAAGCCAUAUAAGCUCUUCUCUUAAAAACGCCUCAUCGUCUCCGAGCCGUGGACCGGGCAGACUGCCGGCAGCCGUGCAGUCGGAGAACUCUGGCGCCGGCUUUGCUGGUCCCCAUCCCACGUCCGGGGGCAGGCCCGGCGUGGUCCGUCAGGGGGGAGGGGCCAGAGCCAAGAAUCCUGUGGGGCGUCCCAGCAAACAGAUGCUGAAGCUGCGCGAGGAGGCCGCUGCGGCCGCCGCCUUCCGCAAACGAAAAGCUCCGUCCCAGGAAGGAGAGCACUCGGGCCCCGAGAGGAACUGCAUCGUCCUGCAGGACCGGGGCCCCCCACCUUCUACCGUCUCCUCCUCAUCAUCUUCCUCCUCUUCCAAAGUCCCCCCCUCAUCUCUGCUCCCUCAUGGUCAGACCAAUGGAACCCUUUCCCCUGGUAAGCCCCGCCCUCAGCCUCCCGCCUCAGACUCCCCCGCUGCCAAGGCAGUAUGGACGUACAAACGGACCCACCCCCCUCUGAGCCACUCCUCUCCUCCAGACCCCUCCUCUGCUAGCAACUCCCACAGUCGGACCGGCGUGGGCGACUCGGGAACGCACGGGCCGGGGAGUGGGAGGACAUUUCUAGAACAUCAGGGACUGAAGAAACGAAAGGUGGGGGCUGUAGAGGAGCACCCCCCCUCGUCCAAACUCUCAUCGCAGCGCCUUCCUUCCUCCUCCUCUAGCUCCGCCCCCUCCUCCUCGCCAUGCUCCGGUUUCUACCCCUGGAAGGACAGUAAGAGCAGCGGCCUGGAGGGGGACAUGGAGAAGAAGCUGGGCAUACAGAAGCCAAAACUGCACCAUUAAGUGUGCUUGCCUUACAAGCCACUACGGGGGAGCCAGCUCCACUCAGUCUGGGACUGAGCCAGCGGGACUCUGGGGGGGUGUGUGUGUGUGCGUGCUGAGUGUGUG